GUGUCCACCUGAUUGGCUUUGCAGGUGCCGACGCGUUUUCCGACCUUCUGAAGCUGAACGCUUUCAGCGCAUCUCCUCACGCAUACUUCCUCGGAGUUUGCUGCAUGGCAGUGAUUCUGGGCAUUGUGAGCACCAUCAUGGCAAAGCUGAGGGCCGGUGCUGGAGGAGCUUCGGAGGCGACGCCCCUUGCUGGAGCUGGAGCGUCACCUGCUGCAGAGGGUGGUGCUGCGGGCGAUCCUGA